AUGCUGCUGCCGGAAAACGAAACGGGCUACGUCUGGACCGAGUUAUUAGACACCGGCAACCUGACGGCGAGUGACGGUGAAGAAGACCACGGUGGUCCGGAGGAGGUGAUUGUUCCGGUGAUUUUCGGAUGUAUAUUUUUCCUGGGUGUCGUCGGGAACACUGUGGUGAUGAUAGUAAUAGGGAAAAUUAAGUCCCGGCGCAACAGAAGUACGACGAACAUUUUCAUCCUCAAUUUAAGCAUAGCGGACCUGUUGUUUCUGCUAUUCUGUGUUCCGUUCCAGGCUACCAUAUACUCCCUACCUGA